UAGGCACUACGUUACCUCAUUAGAAACUGCUUCUGAGCCGCAAAGUUUAUUACGGAUGACCUGCACUAUGUAAGAAGGACCUUAUUAUCGCGCUAACGUUUCCCAGCGCAAGGCGGCUCUGGGAGUUUGCUUAGACUAAGAAAGCGGAAUGGUGCAGCUAUUGAAACUUUGUAGGGGUUAGGAGCCGUUGUGAGGCAGUGAGAGACCUGCAAAGUGGAAUAAACUGGAUAACUCGAGACAAGCCUAAUGGGCUGCUAUCAUGCUAAGCUAGCCACAAACGGAGAAAAAGACAGUACGCAUCGGCGGCGGGGUGCUCCCAAGGCACGCUUCCUUUCCGAACCGGUUGGCACUGUCCUUGGGACGCUAGCGUCGCCAGGAAACCCGGCGCAAAUUGGCGUUAAGUUAUGCGGUGCGGCUGCAGCUGGUGAUGCACACGCUUCCUCCCUGCUGUAUAGCCGGCUUGUGGUGGCGCGAGGCCAUAUCCUUGCAGCUGUGUUUGAGGACCAGGGUUCACCGGCUUCGGCCGAGUACUUUCGCCAACACUCCUGGGAUACUUUCUUACAUGUCCUGGGCAAUUCAGAACCGGUCCCGGUAGCUGCGGCGCUGCAAUGCUUGGAGCAGGGUUACCUAGCUAGCAUCGCCACAACCGCCGGGGAUUCGGACUCAGCCAACCAACGGCAGCAAGCAGCCGCAGAUCAUGGUCAGCAACAGCAUCACAAUCUCGCGCCCUCACCAUUCCGCUCCAGCAGUGCCACCCCCACGGCCGCUGCAGCUGCCACGAACUGCGAUGGCAGCAGCAGCAACGGCGGUGCUGCCACCGUCACGGCCACAGCCGCUGCUGUCGCCGCUCCUGUCAGCUGCAGCGUGACGAUGGUUCACCUUGACCUCACCUCACGCACCCUCACCAUUGCCUCGGCGGGGCCACCGGGCGUCGUGGCACUAGGCAGCACUGCCGCAACCAGCGGGCGCAGCAGCAGCAGCAUUAACAACGGAGCUGCUGCUGCUGCUGCUGCUUCCAAUGCUGCUGCUGGCGCCAUGGAGGGUCUGGGGCGGGCAGGGCCGCCUGCAUCCCAGCAGCGGCGGCAGCAGCAAGCGGGCCAUGGUGUGGCGCAUGGGGAGGAGUGCGGGUGGGGCGGUCGUAGCCUCAGUCGCGUGACGGUGCUGGAGGCUCCUGGCUGCAGUGGCGGGAACAGCAGGCAUGUCGUACCAGCCGCUCCCGAGGCUCCUCCUCAGCUGGUAUCCCAGCAGCUCCCCUCCUCGCACCUUGAAGCAGCCUCCGGACCGUCUGGAUUUGCGUGCCCCUUGGCGCCCUCGUCCCUAGCAUCCAGCAACGGGAGACGCAGCAGCGCAGGCGUCCCGCGCGUGCCUGACCCCUCCUCGGCAACCGCAGGGGCGUCAGGGGCCCCGACGAGCCGUUUUGCCGCCCCAGCAUCAUCGGCACCGAGCAGCGGGCCGGCGUGUGGCAGCGGCAGCGGUGUGUGGGUGGGCGGCUGCGAGGUGCGUGUGACCUCCCGGCUGCUGGCUCCGGGGGAUGAGUGCCUGGUGCUGCUGGCUGGCAGCGGCAGCGGAGUCGUCUGCAGCAGCCGAGGCAGCGGUGGUGGGCUCAGUCGGCCCUGCAGCUCCCAAGAGCUGCGGAGACACCACCCGCAGCAGCAGCGGCAGCAGCAGCUGAAGGCGGUGCCGCACGGAGGCCCCGCGAGCGCCCUGAGUGCUGCGGAUGCGGUUCUGCUGGCGCAUGAGGUGGCAGCAGCGGCGGCGGCGGCAGCAGCAGGAGCAGGAGCCGGCAGUGCCCACCCGGUACUGCAGGGCCGCCCUAACUGCCAGAGCUCUGGGCAGGGCUGCCAGCAUCAGCACCAGCAGCCAGAGGUUGGGUCCUCGUCCUCACCCUCCUCGCCCGCAUCGCGGCUGGAGGUAAUGUACGACAGCUUGCAUGAGGCGGGCAGCGAUAAGGCCGGGGAGAGGGUUGAUGCAGCUUCUGCGGGUGCAGUCGGUCGGGGCGGCGGCAGCAGCAGUGCAGCUGCUGUUGGGAAUCGCUGCGCGCUAGCUGUGGCUUCGUACGCAGUUGCUGCAGCCUCAGCGGCAGCCGGGGGGGCUGAUGUGGAGGAGUUGGCAGGGGGUGAUCACCGGGCUGCGGGUUCUCUUCCAUCGCCUGCCUCUUGCUCCCCGCCAGCCGCGUCCUGCAUUGUCCUGUGGCUUGACUGGCUCUCCACAGAAGGGGUUACCACCACCUCUCACACAGGGCCCAUGAUGCCGCCGGCGUCACCGGCGGGCCAGCGAUGGGCGCUGGUACGCGGCUACUGCCGUUUCCUCAUUGCCCGGCGGCGCCGUAUCCUCGCAAGCUGGCACCUCCUGGCUACGCAGCUCAUGUCCCCUGCAACCCCGCUGCCGCCGCCGCCUCCGUCAAGAGCGCCCCAUCGGCACGGGAAGUCCCGCCUAGCGCAGCUCUUGUCGUCCGUGUCGCCCUUCUCCUCAUCUACUGCCGUACUGCCGAUAACCAGCGGCCCCGGCGGCGGCGGCGCCUCCUCUGGGUCCCAUAGCAUCGGCAUUGAGGGCGUCAUGGCAGCAGUAGCAGCAGCAGGCAGCCGCACGGCGUCGUUUACCACCAGCCGCCCGCAGAUCAUUACCACAGGCGCCACGCGCGACGGCGGGAGCGCCGAGGCUCCCGGCAGCCGCACGACAUCCUUCACCUCCCGGGCACCCGUCAUGAUGGAAUUUGUGGAGGAGCGAUCCACGCCGACACUGGUACCGCUGAAAGCAGCCGCCGUACGCGCUGCCGCUGCGGCCGCCGCCGCCGCCACCACCAUCAACUCCACUGCUGCCUGCCCUGCGAGUUUGCCUACGUCCACUGCCGGUGUCGUCGCCGCCGCCACCUGCGUCUCCGCCAGCGUCACCUCCGCCAUCGGCGCCGCCGCCACCCUGGACGAGUCGCAUCUGGACUCCGCCGCUGCGCCGUACGGCAUCAGCGGGCUCGUCAUGGCGCCAUUGGGCAGCUCGGAGGAGGAGGUUGACGACGAUGGCGAGGCUGGCGGCAGUGGCAUUGUGGUUGGGGGCCUUGCGUCGUCGCCGACUGCCACGAUCAACCUCAUGGGCAGCGGCGGUGAUGGUGCCGGGGUUGCUGCUGCAGCCGCUGGGACGCCGGCCUCGUCUCAUGCUGCCCUCACCUCCGCCGCCCAGCACCAGCACCACCGCGGCUCCGUGCACCCCCUCCCAGGCGGCAGUGGCAUGUACGGCAGCAGCAACCACCAUGAGGUCGCGGGCCUGCGGGCCACUCGCUCCAGCCCCAACCUGUAUGCUCCCGGGAGGCCCCGGUUGCGUGGCAGCGGGCAGCUGGCGCAGGAGCAGAUAGGGGUGGGCGGGGGAGGUUCGGUGGUGGUCCUGGAGGAGGAGGACGGCGCCUCGGUUGCGGCCACGGAAGACAUGGCUCAGGCGGAGGCGGUCGCCUUUGCGCGCAGGAGCGCGGGCUACGGCCCCUACUCGGCUAGUGCGGCUGCGGGCGGGGAGGCCGGGGGUGCUCCCGGAGGUGGAGGCGGCUCCUCUGGUGCCGCUGCAAUCGAUUGGUCGCUGGUCAUGACGUCCAUUGGGAGUAACAGCAGCGGCGGCGGCAGCAACCACUCUGAAUCCCAAGGCCUUAGCCUGGCGCUGGCCAGCAGCGUCAGCAACCCCCUCAACUCCCACUCCGCCGGUAACACGCCCAUCCCCUCCGCCACGGUGAACAGGCUGCAGCACGGUCCGGCGCAACCCGACACCAUGCUACGACUGGCUGUCGCCGCCGCUGCUGCCGCGCGCGGCGGUAGCGGCGUCAGCGGUAGCAGCGGGGUUGCCUCACCAGCUCGCCGGCAAGGCGCCGGCCGGAGCAGCGGCGCUGACGGCUUUAUGCAGCGGCGCGCGCCUCAGCCCCUGUCGCCGCAUGUAUCUCGCGGUGGCGGCGGCGGCGGGGGCUCGGUUUACUUUACUUGGAACGGUGCGGGGGCGACGGGGCCGUCUGGGGGCUUGUCUCCUCCUUCAGCUGGUGGGCGUAGUGGUCAGAUGCCGACUGCUGCGGAGCCGCUGCCGCCAGGCGUGCUGCUGGGCCGCUCCUCCACCGGCGACGGCAUGUCUCCCCAGCCGCUGCCGGACGCCCCCGAGGCCGAGCUGGACCCCCUCAGCGAGGACCUGCCGCAGCUGCGAAUCGAGUCCACGGCGGAGCUCGCGGCGCUCAUGGCGGAGAUCAUCAUCACGGAAGACGGGGAGGUGCUGCGGACAGGCGGGGGAGGAGGUGGAGGAGGUGCGUCCGCCGCCGCAGCCGCCGCAAGGUUGACGUCCGCGUACGGCAGCGGCCGCGGGCACCACCACUCGCACAUGCAGUCGGGGCACAAGUCGGCUCGGUCGCUGAGUCGGCAGGGCAGCCGGGGCUGGCAGCCACGGCUAGCGAUUGUGCGGGAGGACGCGCGGGAGGCGAAUUGCAGCAACAGCUGCGGUAACGUGACGGGAGGGUCGGGUGAGGGGGCGCGCUGUCCGACCAUAUCGGAGGAGCGCGCGUCGCAGAGCAGCAACAGCACGGUGGAGCAGACGCAGGGAAGCCACUCGGAGCCCAACAGCGCCGCCACCAACACGCAGCCCUCGCACGCCACCACCCGCAGCGGCGGCAGCCCCGCCAGCAGCGCGGAGGAACCCGGGGGAGCGACAGCGACCUCCAACGGCGGCAGCAGCAGCAGCGGCGGGAGCGGUAGCUGCGGGGAGGAGCCGAGCGGCAGCAGCAGCAGCCGCGCAGCUGCAUCAUCACUAUCCCCGCCUGCGCCGUUACAUGUCGUUGCAGUGCUGUCCGCUGUCGAAGCCGCAGCCUCUGCCGUUGUCCCCGUUGCUACGGGGCCGGCGGCUUCUGCUGACGUCUCCUCAUCUGCCACGGGGGUCGGGGUGGCAGUCGGUAGCAGCCUGCUGGCGUCAGCGACGCCUGGCUCACCCACACAUGCGCAUCUAGAGCGGCAGUCACUAGCAGGCAGCGGUGCCCAAGCAUAUGCGGCGCUGGCAGGCAGCUAUCCCUCCUCGCUCCCAGGCUUCGCCGCCACCGCCAUGGGUGGUGCUACCAUGGGUGCUACCCCCGCUGCUGCGUCUGCCGCCACCGCCGCCGCCGUCCCCUUGGAUCCCUCCUCCUCACGCGCGUUGGCAUCCGUGGGACCUUCUGGUAGCCUCGCGCUGCCGCUACCACCGCUUCCGCAGCAGUCCGAGCUGCUGCCAGGGGACUCGGAGCGGUUGUCGCCGUCAGCCAAUGGCUCCACCUCCGCCGCCACCGCCACGCUUGCCGACGUGCUCAGCGCGCUGAGCCCCUCUCUGGACCGGGAGCGGUUGGCGGAGGAGGCCGGCGGAGGCGUCACGCUGGCCAGCGCCGGCGGCAGCGCCGGUCGUGAGCAACGCAACAGCCAUAGCGGCGUAUUGAUUGGCAUUGAGGCGGAAAGCCCCUCCAUGCAUGCUCCCUGGCAGCAGCAGCAACAGCAGCAGCGGCAGCGAUUGGCGUCACCCGUAGCGCUGGUUGCGGCGACGACGACGGCGGCGGCGUCCACUCGCAUGUCUCCCUCAGCUCGCGCUGCGUUGGCGGCGUGUGCCACGCGAGCGAGUGAUCCGUCAUCUCCCACCGCGUUGCCAGUGCGCGGGGGGCUUACAGCGGCGCCGUCGCCGCCGCUGGUGUCGCCGUUCACAUCCCGCGGUGCCUCCGGUGGCGGCCACCGAGCGGGGCGGGGUGUGGGUCGCUCUCGCUCGCGAUCCUCCACGGGCCUGCCUUCCAUGGUGGCCGUCGCGGCCGCCCUGGGGACCGCCGAUGACGCCGACAGCAGCAGCGGCAGCGGGAACGUGGGCGCUGCCGCCGCCGUCAGUGACGUCGGCGGUGGCUGGCGGCGACAGCGGCCGACACUAGCCAUCAUAGGCCGCUCGCAAAGCGCGCUAGCCGGGAACUCCUCCCACCACCGCCAUCAACAUCAUCACCACCACAUGAUGCCGCAUGGACAGCACAGCUCGCCGUACGGCAAUGCCAGCGCAUCCGCCUCCGCGGCCGCCGCUCGUGGCGGCAGCGCAGCCGGGCCUCAUGCGGCCUCCCACCUUGCAGCACACGGUCAGUUACACCACCAUAGCCCCAGGCACGCACUCCGCGGCGGUGGCGGCGGCGGCGGUGCACGCGUCAGCGGCGGCGGCCUCAGCCGGCACUUGUACGGCCUGGCGGAGACGCCGCCGCUGGUGGCGGGUAGCGUCGCCACGACCACAUCCGCUGCGCCCGCCAACUGCGACGCCACGAUUGCCACGACGCUGGAUCGCUCCUGGUCCGCCAGCAGCACCAGCGGGCCGCUGGGCAGCCUGCUGAAUUCCACCCUGUCCAAGAGCUCCAUCACGGGGCUCGUCACCACCGCCCUGCAAACGCCCGGCUGCUCCUCCGCCCAUGGCUCUAACACCCGCCUGCCUACGGUUGGCUCCUCCGCUGCCAUUGCGGCAUCCACCGCCUGCGCGUCUUCUGUAGGGCCAGCUGCUGCCGUGGUUUGUUUUUACAACAGCAGCAACAACAACGGAGCUGCGGGGCUCAAUGCGGCAGCCAGUCCUGCGGUAACCGUCAGCGCUCAGCGGUCCGUCGCCGCCACCGCAGCCUCAGCUGCUGCCGCUGCUGCGCCUCGCAGCUUGGCAGUGCAUGCCACUUUAGCAUCCAGGCAGCCCCCAGCUACUGCACAACACCUAGCAGGGGAUGGCAGCAGCAGCAGCAGUAAGGGCGUUCUGGGCGGCUACAGUGUCGGCGGUGCUGGUGCUGAUGCUGGUCGAGAUGCCGGAGUUACAACCAUUCCAACAUCCACUGCAUUCGCUGCCGCCUCGCAGCCGCAGCAGCAGCAGCCGUACCUGCCUCCCUGGGUGCUGGUGGGUGGUCCCGCGGGGACUGGCGCUGACAGCAGCGACACCAGCACGGCGGGGUCGCCCGCUGCUGGGGGCGUCGGGUACUACCUCGCAGGGCAGCAACGAGCACUGACCCCGCCGCCGCUUUCACACACCGCUGAAGUGGAAGCACAUGUCGGCGGCGGCGCUGCAGGCGCUGUGGGCUCAGAAGCGGCACCAGCAUCGGCUGGCAACCCGCUGCCACCGCCGGCAUCCUCAUCGGCCGCGUACGACGACAGCGCCGCGCAGAUCCGCUCCAGUCACACUUCCCGCUCCGACGCGAGCGUGUGGAACAGCACCAGCGUGUGGAACAGCACCACCACCAGCACCCUCAGCCGCACGGCGGAGAUGUCCUUCCUCAACGGCAACAGCAGCCGCCGCGUGAACGGCCUUGUCGGCGGCGGCAGCGCUGGAGUCAGCGGCGCCGUCGCGGGCAGCAGCCUACUGGGUCUGCAGGGCAUCGGCAUGGGCGGUGGCGGCGGCGGUGACACCAGCGGCCUGAUGCGCCUCAACGCGGCGUACGGCAGCAUGAGCGGGCUGCUGGUGACCAUGGGGGACAUGAGCUGCGGUGCGGUCGGCGGUGGUGGCGGCGGCGGCUCUAACACGCAUCUGCUGACGUCGAUGACGUCAGCGGGGGCGGCGGCGGUGGGAGCAGGAGGUUCUGGGUCGCUGGUAUCGGCCCAGGCGCCCUGCAUGCAGCCGCUGACCUGCAGCCCGGCGCAGGUGGGGGCGGCCCGGGGGGCGGCUGCUGUUGGCGCCUCAGCGGCUCCUCCCCGCCUUAUGGACCCGUUGCUGGUGCCGCCGCCGCCUCCGCUCACCACAAACCACUCCCACCAAGCCGUUGCCGACACCGCCACAGUCGGCGGGCCCUCCCUCCACCACCAGCAGCAGCAACAGAGCCCGUCACAACAACGCUUUCUGCAUGCCCCCACGACCACACACACCGGGUCAUACCAGCCUCCAUCGCACUCCCAGCCACGGCCUGUUCCUCCACCACUGGCCGGCCAUCCUCACCCUCACCCCCCGAGCCCCUUCCACCAGCAGCACCACCAGACGACUGGCUUGUACUUCAACCCGCCCUGCUCCUCCUCCGCCUCCGCUGCCGCCGCCGCUGCUGAUGCUUCCGCCGGCGCUGCCCCGGCACCUGCAGCAGCGGGCCCCAGCUUGUACGACAGCAGCGGCAGCGUCAGUUACUCCCACAUGGACGCCUUCCUGCAGCAGCCAACGCUGGAAAGCCCCUCCUUUGACCGCAUGUCGUACGGCGCCAUGCUGAGCCCCCACCUCGCAGCAUCCGCUUCCACCCAUGCGGGCUUCCUGGGGGGCCUGCUUGUGGCGAACGCCUCCCGCACCAGCGCGGGGGGCCCGGGCGCCAGCGGUGGCAGUGUCAGUGCGGCCAGCGGUGGGGACAGGACGCGUGCGGCACUGGGGGACCAGGCGGUGCUGCUGGGGAGCAGCGGGAUGGAUGUCAUGCAGGGUGAGGAUGCGUUGUGAGGUGGUGGGGGCGAGGGGUGCAACGCGGUGUGAGACAGGUGGUGGUGGGGUUGGCGGCCGGUGUUGUUUCCUGUUGCUGUUGUUGACGCUGUUUUGGCGGUUUUGGGUUGGGAGGAGCUGUGUGUUGUGGUGCGGUUUCAGGCAGGUAUGUGUAGGGCGGGUGGGUGCGGUAAAAGCUGUGACGGGGUGUUGGGUUGACGUACGUGAUUCGCAUGCAGGUUGUCGCUGAUCAAGUACCCGUCUGUCCCGCCGCUUGUCGAGCAUGGCGGCGGUUGCGCGUUGUGGUGGGAUUGGUGGUGCGUUCAUGGCACCGGCGCAAGAGCAGCUAUGUUUCUUGUGCACCAUGCGGUGCCGGAACCGCCUGUUUGUUGGAGAGGAGGGCCAUGGACUCCAUUUGCUUCUCGUAGUAUGUGUGUGCGUUGGUGUUGUUGUUGCUGCCACUGUUGCGGCUGGCUAUUGCUGUCUUUAGUCAGCCAUGGGGCCAGGGGGGGGGUCUUUCAUUGCCGGCCAAGUGGGCCGUAUGUUGGUACAUUGGAUUGGGGUUGUGAAGCUGUGAGCCAGCCAGCAGGUCCUCGCAUACUGGCGCUGGUUGUGCUGGUUUGCUCUCAUGGAGCAGAGGGAGGGAAGAGUAAAGGAGGGGGGCGGCAAAGGAGCACUUGGACUAGGAGCACUUGGAUGGUGGAGGGUUUUUCUUCAUCCACGUCCGUAUUGCCGUACCAGGGGCUGCACUACCGUUGUGUAUGAAGGAGGGCAGGGCUGGUCACGGCAACGGUGUGUCAAUGGCCUUCAAUCGGGCACAGUUACUAUAUACCUCCAUUUGUUCAUUUUGGGAAAAGUGUAUGUAUACAGUUGUGCAAAAGUCCCGAGUGCGGUAUGCACGACGUGCUACGUGCGGUAUGUACCGGUGGAGUUCACGUGUGGGAUCAAGUAAGAGGACUGCGGGGGUGUGGACAAUGUCUCGCUGCCGGGCUGUGGGGUAUGGCUUAUGGGUUAGCUGGGGCUGUAGGUGCUGUCGUGAAAGGACUUCGAAUGCGGUUCCGUCCAACAUUGCUGAUGGUGACAAUUCUGGUCACCAAGCACCAGUGAUUACAGUUGUUUUGCCGAGGAGGCCCUUUGCAAACACGCCCUUCACUGCUCUACAUGCGCACUACAGAGAGAGAGCUGCACGAGGGAGGUUUGUGUUAAUAGCACAGGCCAGACUCUUGGGGUUUCAGCAGACGUGAGGCGGGGGGCUGGAGAGGUGUACGCAUUUUUUUAUCCUGCUGCCCUUCCAGCCAGCAGCUCGCAUGCUCCUGGGUAUACUUGUGUGGGAACAGAGACAUGUGCGUGCGCGUUGCUGUGCUAGCAUCGGUGUUGGGGGGAGAGGGGGGUGGCGGAAACGCGCCGUACUACAAUUGCACAUUGCCGAAGGCUCUGAAUGGAGCGUGAGCGCUGGGAGAUGAGAGGUUGUGUGACCGGCCGGAUGUCCCUGCCAGUCUUCGGAUUGAUGAACGCGGAGAGGUUUGGUUGCGUGAUACAACAACGACGCAGGCACGUAUGGGGCAUUUGCUGCCGCCUGCGCUUUCGGUGCCUCCCCAUGUGUCAUGGUUGGGUUUUGUCGGUUGUCGGACUAUCGGGGGCGUUGGUAAGAAAUAGCGGACGCAACUCAAAAGGAAAGUAACGGAUGCUGCUAAGGGGAUUCUGCGCGUGUCCCAUCUUGUUAAAGGAAACGAGCUCCAAGGUAUUGUCAGCAUCGCCGAUAGGGUUUGCUAGGGUGGAUUCUAGUAGCAGGCACGCUCGCUUUUCGCUAAUGGACAUUGUCUGCAUUUGCAAUACCUCGCUUUACUUAUUGUUGGCGUUUGGUGGUCGAUGAAUUUGUUUUGGCGGAUUGUUUUAUGUCUUAAUGGCAAUCCCAGUGAUGAUUGAGCUUCAACCACUUAGGAUUUUCGCCUGAGAUUUGCUCUGCCAAGACAAUGUGCCUGUAAGCAUUGAUGGCUAAUAUCGAGAGAUUUGAGACGCUACAUGGCUACAUGGCAACCCCAUGUGAUCACCCGUCGCAACAUGGCCUGGCAGAAGGCAGAAACGGGUAGACCAUGCCUGGCAGUGCAUGGGAGUGCAAUGUGCCGGAACGGAAUCCAGGAUUAAGGGGAACAAGACUGCAGGCCUUUUGUUACACACUCAUCUCUCC